AGGCUGUUAGUGUCCCUAGAGGAGAGGAGAUGGGUUAUUGUUAACAUUCCUCCGUAUUGCUUAAGGCCUCUCUUGUGAAAGAAAAAGCAGAACCGCCAGGCAGGCUUAGUCGCCAGAAGUUUUGAGACAGACAGACUGACGACGGCUCCUCCUGGUUCUAAAUUGCCUUCUUCUCCCAGAGGAGGAAUGUUUUCUUCGCUGCUAGUUGCCGUGUAGCUUGAGCAUUUCUCCCAACAUGAAGGUAAGGCAAUCAUUGAGCCAAUUUCUGCAGAUGAAACCCAAGUCUAAUGCAAUAUUCAUUUAUGCAAGGCAUAUGGAUGCAGAACUACCAGGAUGUAAGGGGGGGGGAGUGUCGAUGGGGACAUGGUGAGUGGCAAUAACUGGAACCUUUAAAUUCAGCCACACGACUUUCACAGCUUCUUGCCUUUGAGUUCUGCCUGAUUUGGAUGCGAUCCUAACCCCAUUUACCUGGGAUUUAGCUCCCUUGCAGUCAAUACAAGUUGCUUCUGAGUAGGCAUGGUUAGGCUUAUGCUGUUAUACUUGGAAAAUCAUGUGAGCCAAACAAUAAUCCAAGCCUUCCCUUCCUUCUUUUUAGGCCCUUGGAACAUUCGUUCUGAUGGCAAUUGUGGGCUCCUUUCCUGCUUUUUCAAGGUGAGCGGUUCUUUGGCACUUUGAAAAAGGAUGAGCAUAUAUAUUCAGCAUGUAUUUUCCCCUGUUCAGCGGUAGGGCUUGAGUAGCUAGUAUAAGUUUAGGAUUGAGAGUGAUCUUUCCUUCUUCUUAUCUAGGUUGCCAACUUUUUUCUCUCUCUGGUAGGGCUCCUGUGCAUUUAACAGCUGCACGAUAGGCAGAAAUUCAGCUGGUAUAAACAGGUAGACAAAGGCUAUUGCAAGGGAGGGGGUGGAAUCACAAACAGAAUUCCUGCUUUUAAUGCAAUUGUUAAAGGUAGAAGUCCUGGACACUGACGGCUGCACAAAAAUUAGAAAUUCAAAUCUGUGAUUUCCACCACCCUGCAAAAGCUCUGUGGGGGGGAAAGAACCCCAUAGCUAUUGCAUGUGCAAUCUCCAUAUGAGAUUUUUCAUAUUAAGAUAGAAUCAUAGAACCAUAGAGUUGGAGGAGACCUUGUAGACCAUAUCUUCUCACUCCAACAUCCCUAACAGAUCACAUCUACACUUAUACUACUUUAGCAGUCACGGCUCCCUCCAAAUAAUCCUGGGAACAAUAGCUUUUAAGGGUGCUGAGAUUUGUCAGGAGACCUACAAUUCCCUGCAAACAAACCACAGUUCCCAAGAUUAUUUGGCAGAAGCUGUGACUGUAAAAGCAGAACAAGUGGUACCACUUCAGUUUCUUCAGAGUAAACAUGCUUUGAUACUUGCUGCACAUUUCCCAAUGCCAGGAAGCGCUGCUGUACAGUGGCACCUCGGGUUACAUACGCUUCAGGUUACAGACUCCGCUAACCCAUAAAUAUUGCUUCAGGCUAAGAACUUUGCUUCAGGAUAAGAACAGAAAUCGGGCUCCGGCAGCGCGGCAGCAGCAGGAGGCCCCAUUAGCUAAAGUGGUGCUUCAGGUUAAGAACAGUUUCAGGUUAAGAACGGACCUCCGGAACGAAUUAAGUACUUAACCUGAGGUACCGCUGUACUUUUGUAAAAUCAAUUGCUGGUGAAGCUGCAGCAACCACUGGCUGUGCUGCUUCAAACUUCCAUAUGAUCUGCUACAUAAAAAGCAUGGCCUUGUGCAGUAAUAGAAGGGGGAAGAGCUGUGGCCAGGCAAGCAGAGAACUGGAGCAGCCCAGCAGCAAGGCAAGAAGAGCAAAUGGCAUUUCUCAAUGCAGUCUUAUAGUGGGGAUAGGAAUCUUCCUGCACCUCCAUUAAUUCUCUGUUGUCCGUAGGACUUUCUCCUCCAAAUCACUGCCUUCCCACACUUUCUCCUACAUCAGUCUGGAUUUUCUCUUACCAGGGAUACUCCAAAAGGAGAGGGAAUGAGAAAAUCUGGAUUGAGGAAGAAGAAAGUGUGGGAAGGCAGUGAUUUGGAGGAGAACGUCCUACGACAAGGAAGAAUUGAUGGAUGCACAGGAAGCUUACUAUUGGCAUCAUAUGACCAUAUGCAUGAGCCUCUCAUCAGCAAGAUGUGCAGCCUAAUAAUAAUAAUAAUAAUAAUAAUAAUAAUAAUAAUAAUAAUUUAUUAUUUAUACCCCGCCCAUCUGGCUGGGUUUCCCCAGCCAUUCUGAGUGGCUUCCAACAAACUAUUAAAAUACAACAGUCUAUUAAACAUUAAAAGCUUCCCUAAACAGGGCUGCCUUCAGAUGUCUUCUAAAAGUCUGGUAGUUGUUUUUCUCUUUGACAUCUGGUGGGAGGGCGUUCCACAGGGCAGGUGCCACUACCAAGAAGGCUCUCUGCCUGGUUCCCAGUAACUUGGCUUCUUCAAGCGAGGGAACCACCAGAAGGCCCUCAGCGCUGUACCUCAGUGUCUGGGCUGAACGAUGGGGGUGGAGACGCUCCUUCAGGUAUACUGGACCGAGGCCAUUUAGGGCUUUAAAGGUCAGCACCAACACUUUGAAUUGUGCUCGGAAACAUGCUGGGAGCCAAUGUAGGCCUUUCAAAACCGGUGUUACAUGGUCUCGGUAGCCGCUCCCAGUCACCAGUCUAGCUGCCGCAUUCUGGAUUAGUUGUAGUUUCCGGGUCACCUUCAAAGGUAGCCCCACAUAGAGUGCAUUGCAGUAGUCCAAGCGGGAGAUAACUAGAGCAUGCACCACUCUGGUGAGACAAUCCACUGGCAGGUAGGGUCUCAGCCUGCGUACCAGAUGGAGCUGGUAAACAGCUGCCCUGGACACAGAAUUGACCUGCACCUCCAUGGACAGCUGUGAGUCCAGAAUGACUCCCAGGCUGCGCACCUGGUCCUUCAGGGGCACAGUUACCCCAUUCAGGAAUCUUAACCACAUUUACUCAGAACUUUCUCCCAAGGAAAUGUUCAUAGGGCAGUAGCAGCACAGGGUUGCAGCCAAUGCUACUCCUUCUCAGAGUAGUCCCACUGAUGUUAAUGGACAUGAUUAACUUAGGUUUGUUACCUGGAUCUGCUCUGAGCGGGACUGACUAUAACUCAUAGUUUAUAUAGGGACUAGGUUGGAAGGGGCAGUGCUGAACAGGAUGAUUGAGAUGCAGGCCAUCCACUAACUCUGGGAUUCCUCAAGAUUACAUUGUUAUGGAGGAAAUCAACAACUUUUCAAAACAGACAAUUACAAGAUCAAAUGGGAAUCUUUCCGAGACCUUCCUGCAGAUGCUUGUGAUUGAACCUGGGAACUUCUGCAUGUUCUUUACCAUUGGGCCUAUGGUCCUUCUCCCAAUGUUGAAACCCUGACAACAUUUUUCUUUCUCCCCAUAUAAAAUCCAACAGGGCUUCUCCAGUCGAUUGCAGCUGGAAUCCAUUUGGUCCUUGGUCAGAAUGUGAUGGCUGUACUAAGGCUCAGGUACAGUAUAAAUGUGUGCCAUUUGUACGCUACUCGGGUAGUAAUAAUAAUAACAACAGCAAUCUUGUUGCCCAAUAUUUUACCCAAUAUUACCCAAUAUUUUGUUACCCAAUAUUUUGAGGAUCAUAUGUUUAUUAAUAAUCAUGAAAUAAUUGCAUUAUAGAGGUAAUUUGUUGAUUUUAAGUGAUGGUUACGGAUGAAGAUCUAGGACAGGAAUGGGCAGACUUGCGUGAUGCACUUAGUUCUUUUAUUAAUACUCCAGUAUCUACCAACCAGAACCAGGUGCAAAUAGCAUAUACUUAAAAUUUUAAUGACACAUACACACACACACACACACACACACACACACGGUGCUUUGAAGUACAUUCUGAACCCUAGGGGAUUUAUUUUCAGCUCCAGGAUAGAACUCAGCUUAACCCUUUCAUGGGAAAUCAUUUUAGCUUUCCUUCAUUUCAGCAGUCUAGUUGAGAUGGGAAAAUCAUUUUGUUAUUACUGUUAAACGACUAAAAAAUUGGAAACCCUGGCCAAUCUACUGCAGAUCUCCCAAAGAUCUACCAGUAGAUUGCCCACCCUUGGUCUAGGGCACAAUCGUUUGGGAAGUUCUCCUGCUCAAGUGCCUUGGAAUGGGAACUGCACAGCAACACUGCUGAGCUUCUGCGCAGCCUGUUAUUUCAAAAGGGUUUGCACAGGAGAACUUUCCAGAGGAUCGUGCCCUAGAUAAGGGGCUCCCAAACUGUGGUCUUCAGGCCAGCAGGUGACCUAAAAUGUAUCUGUGGAUUUGUGGUUUAAGAUGGGAGGUGGUAUAUCCAUCAUAUUAAAUUGGUGUUUGAUUGUAUUUUUGUUGUUUCUUUUAUUUCUUAUACAGUGGUGCCUCGCAAGACGAAAUUAAUUCGUUCUGCGAGUUUUUUCGUCUUGUGAAUUUUUCGUCUUGCGAAGCACGGUCAAGUCGCAACUGCACCUCUUCAAGCAAUGCACCCUGGGUUUUAAGAAAAAGGAAACAAACUUGCAAGACGUUUUCAUCUUGCGAAGCAAGCCCAUAGGGAAAUUCGUCUUGUGAAGCAACUCAAAAAACGGAAAACUCUUUCGUCUUGCGAGUUUUUCGUCUUGCGAGGCAUUCGUCUUGCGAGGUACCACUGUAUUGUAUUUCAUGGCAAUAUGAAUCCACAAUUACACGUUAAGUUGCAAUACAAUGAAAUACAAUAUAUAAUUGGGGGGGGAAAUAAAAAUACACUUAGUAUCGUACUACCACAAUACAUUAAAAUUGCUACAUUGGGCAGAAAAACCAUUACAGGGUCCAGCAAGAAGACACUCUGCCAUUUGCAAGGGGUCUGUGAAGAGAAAGAUUGGGAACUGCUGCCCUAGAUCUUCUUCUGCAAUCAUUGCUUAAAGUCAUUCUUCUCCAAUCACUACAGGUGCAACCAGAAGUCCUGUUUAUGAGCAUUCAUUCAUUUAUUUUAACUUGGGAAGGUUAAAUGAUGCUGGCUAUUUGAACAUUCAUUCUGAUUUGUUUGUGGGAAGAUUAGACAACAUUGUGUGAUGGGUAGCUCAGUUGUUACAGCAUGAGACUCUUUAAUCUCAAGGUCGUGGGUUCGAGCCCCAUGUUGGGCAAAGAGAUUCCUGCAUUGCACAUAGCUGUCAACUUUUCCCUUUUCCCUUAUUCAGAAUAAGGGAAUUUCCCUUAAAAAAAGGGAAAUGUUGAUAGCUAUGGCAUUGCAGGGGGUUGGAUUGGAUGGCCCUUGUGGCCUCUUCCAGAUCUAUGAUGCUGUGAUUGUGGCAGAGCAAGUGUUAUCCCACACUUUCCAGUGUAUCUUUCCCUACAAGGCAUCUCUAACUGUGCAAAGUUAAUUUGCCAGUACAGUGGUACCUCGGUUUUCAAACACCUCCGUAGUCGAACAUUUUGGAACUCAAACGCCAAAAACCCGGAAGUAAAUGCCUCAGUUUUCGAACAUACUGAGUUCUCCAUACUGAGGCUUCCAUUUUGAGGCUUCCGCUUUCAGUUUUCGGUUUUCAAACGUUUCAGAACUCGAAGGGACUUCUGGAACAGAUUACGUUCAAAAACUGAGGUAGCACUGUAUAUGAUUGAAUCCCACCUGAAACACCCUAUACAGUGGUACCUCAGGUUAAGUACUUAAUUCGUUCCGGAGGUCCGUACUUAACCUGAAACUGUUCUUAACCUGAAGCACCACUUUAGCUAAUGGGGCCUCCCACUGCUGCUGCGCCACCGGAGCACGAUUUCUGUUCUCAUCCUGAAGCAAAGUUCUUAACCUGAAGCACUAUUUCUGGGUUAGUGGAGUCUGUAACCUGAAGUGUAUGUAACCCGAGUUACCACUGUAUUUCACACCUCAAUCUUAUUUAUCUUUACUCAUAAGUAAAUCCUACUGAGUUAAGUGGGACCACAUGUGCAUAGGAUUGCUGCCUCACAGGGCAAUCCUAUGCGUGCCUAUGCAGGCACAAGUCGCAUUGUGCUCAAUGGCGCUUACUCCCAAGGUAUAGGAUUGCAACCUCAGCUAGCUAAACUACACUACUUUAGCUUUCCUAUAUUGAUUAAUUUCCUCGCAUCUGAGUUCUCUAGCAGAGGAUAUAUAAAUUCAGGAACAGACAGCCUAUAAACCAAACUGCUGUUUUUCAUUUGCUGCUGAUGUGGCCAAAUAGAACCGCCUGUUUUCCCCACAACAAUAACUCUCAAAUUAAAAUGCAAAUUAUUUCCGUGUUUAUAUUCUUCGCUGGUUACUUUUACAAGAUUCAUUGCCUGAGUAGCUGAAAUGUUUCUCGGUUAAGGCAGCGCCAGUGAACAAUCCAAGUUUCCUUACCAGAUUAUUAGUUAAUUUUCUCUUUAAGCAAACUCCCACACCAUAACAUGUGGUCUAGCAAUACAGAGUUUUUGGCCUUCAGUAACCAACGCAGGGAAACUUAAUAAGGAUUUCUGCUUGAGUGACAAUUUGAAACUGGGUCUCUCUUACCCAAAUACAACAGUUUUGAAUAUGCGGCAGUAUAAAACACACAUGGGGUAGGGUUGCCAACUUUUAAACCAGAUCCUACUCCCACGCCUUAUAACAGCAGCUUGUUCUGCAGACAGGUGCACAUGUGAUGUUGCCAGUGACGCAAUUAGGACUGCACUUUGGGGAUGAAGUUCAUGACCCUACAUCUGACCACUGAGAGCGGCAGAUGAUAGAAAUAGAGGCAAAAAGGCCCAGCAUUGAACUACCUGCCUCCACAGGAAAUUUGUGACAUUCUCCUUUCUUCAAAGGGCACAAAUUCAGAGCUAACAUAUCAUCUGCCUUGCCCCUGAGAGCACUACCAGAACCUACCUCUAACCUAAAGGAUUGCUUUUUGGAUUUAGAUUCGCAGACGGACCGUAGCAGUUUAUGGGCAGUUUGGAGGACAGCCAUGUCCAGGAAGUUCCUUUGAAUCCCGUCCUUGUGUUCCUACGAGAGGGUGUCCAACAGAAGAUGGAUGUGGCAAUCGUUUUAGAUGUUCAUCGGGUACGUUGCUUCAGGAAUCCAACUGACCUGUUCAUUGUCCUUUCCAACUCUAUAAUUCUAUUAUUCUAUGACUGUUCCACAGCAGAAUCUGAUAGGACCAAAAAGGGGGAGAUAUGGGAAUGCAAGUGUAACUCUUUAUUAUGAUUUUUACUAUUCAUAUACACACACACACAGAGAGAGUUCUUUAUGCAGGGUCUCUAGAGGGACUCACAGUAAGUGACUUAUACACUGGUAAAUAACAGAACUCUCAGGCAUCAGGUAACGGCACAUAAAUAUUGUUGCCUGCACCCCAAUCUCUGAGCUUUGAGAGACCCCAGGAGUUCCAGUGCUUACCCAGGGUACAGUUUCCUUGGAAGGAAGGUUAAUGGAGACUUGAUGUCUUUAGGAUAUAUGGUUUUAUUUACACAUAUAUACAACCUGAGGUUUCCAGAAAGCCCCUAAAGGGCCUGCCAAGGAGAUUUGUGCCUUGUCACAAAGGACAAAUAACUAACCCAAAAACUUAAUGGGAGGUGGGGGCCGGCUUUCAGUUCCAAAUACCAAACCAAAGCAACCCAUUUCACAGAAAGGAAAUUCCAAGACGCUUGGAGAAACAUGUCCAUCCACAAAGCCACAAAAAAAUGGCAAAAAUCUGCUGAUCCAUUCCCAAACAUAAAACAAAAAGGAAAGAAAGAGGACAUUUGAAGGCUGAAGCUUUGCUUUCUGCUCAGCCCAGCAUUGUCAAAGAAAAGAAAAACCCAACAAAAUAUAAAAUAAAGGAAAGGACAGGAGAGGACAGGGGCCUCCAUAAGUACCAAGUGAGUUAUUUUGGGGCGUUGUGGUAGGUGAUCCAUGAGAGAGUCAUGUAGGGGCCCCACCUUUCCAUGAUGGAGGAGGAGUCUCAGAGGAAUCAGUUCUGUUCUCUAGGGGGGUGCAAGAGUUUCUUCAUCAUUCCUAUGUUACCUGUCUUUAUGGCCAUAGGGCAGUGCAUUAGCAAAUCCUUGGUGUGCAAUGGAGAUCACGACUGUGAGGAAGAUGGCGCUGAUGAGGACCAAUGCGAUGAGAUCAAGACGGUGUGUGAAAACACCAAGCCACCUUUGAAGCCGCCUCCUAAUGUAGAGCUUACAGGAGCAGGGUGAGUUCUUUGUCGUUCUUAUUCAUUUUGAUGGUUAUCUAUGAGUCACAACAACAUUUAGCUUCUAUACAGGGCAAAGCGUUUAUGUAGUUUCAGGUCUUCAAAGCAUUUCGCAUCAAUUGUCUUGUGGCCAUAUGAAGCGAGAAGGUUAUCUUUUCAUGAGCGUUGUAGUUACUUCUCGGACAGGCCAUUUGGCAUCUGUUUUGAGAGGUCCUUAGGGAGGGAAUUGCUCUUAAGGAGCCCUCCUCCCAGAGCACAAAGACCAUUUCUUUCUUGCCAUUGUUGUUGCUACUGCCCAUUUCCCUGUCUCUCCCACUGAGCCUUACCUUCCUUGCCUUCCUCAAAAAGAGAACAAGGCACCUGGGCCGACUUUAGCAUAUGCGCCGCCAGGGUGCAAAGAUUCGCUCAGCGCCCCCAAAUUAACUUUUAUUGAGCUUUUUUUGGGAGGGGAAGCCAAAGUUGACCUUUUUUUAGGGGGGAAUCGCUCACUUGUAACAACAAUGCAGUGGGGAGGGGGGCGACUGCUUUUGUUUCCUGACUUGUCGGGAAUAUUUGAUGCUACAGAAUAACAGAGCGAUGGAGACUUUCGCUCCAUUGCUUUUCACUGUCGCUGAUCGAAAGGGUAUACAGUGGUACCUUGGGUUAAGAACUUAAUUCGUUCUGGAGGUCUGUUCUUAACCUGAAACUGCCCUUAGCCUGAAGCACCACUUUAGCUAAUGGGGCCUGCUGCUGCCGCCGCACCGCUGCUGCGUGAUUUCUGUUCUCAUCCUGAAGCAAAGUUCUUAACCCGAGGUACUAUUUCUGGGUUAGCGGAGUCUGUAACCUGAAGCGUCUGUAACCCGAGGUACCACUGUACAGUAGGUACUCCCCAGAAUUCAGUGCCUGGGUGCCCCACACCCCUUGCACCACUGGGUAAAGACGGCCCUGCAAGGCACAAAGAGGUUGCUACUGCUGCUCUUGUCACUGCUUGCUUGAGCAGCUACAGCAAGGCCAGGAGGCCCCAGAGCUCCAGAGGCAUGGGCCUUGCAUGACAAUGUAGACUUCUGACCAGAAGCGCCAUCUUCUCAAGUUGAUUGUGGGGGCCCACCGAGACAUCAGGACAUCAGACGUCACGCAUGUGAUGUCAUAGGAGGGGGCAGAGUUGAACAAUGUACAAUAAUUGCCACAGCUGUUCUUACAAAACACUUGUGGGGUAGGCCAAUAUAAUAAUCCCUAUGUUGCAGGUGGGUGAGGUAUACUCUAGCACCUCCCUGCAAUGGCUCAUAGGAACGGUCACAAUGAACUACUGCUGCUAUUCCUUAGCUCUCGGUGGAUUUACCAGAACUUCAGCAUAAAUGGCAGGUGAUUAUUUCAAAGCAAAUAAAUUACAGGCUUUAUGUGUCCCCGUGGCCUUGCUGGUGACCUCAAUUCAGGCUGAACACAGGAGGAGAAAAAAGAUGCGAGGGGAUUGACCAUUGUUGUUUGUCAAGUUGCAUUAAUUUUACCUAGAAAUGUAACAUAGCAGGGGCAGUUGCCAUAGAGAUAAAAUGCAUUAGAAUUAUCAGGUGCUUGCUCUUUUCUGUUGACACACUCCAGGGGAAACAUUUUGUUUUAUUUUCCCUGAUGUAACUUGCAAUGGCAGGGAUUUGCAUCGUAGCUCUGCCAGUACAAAAUCUUAUUACAGAGUGCCCUGUUCUUUGCAUAAUUUAGUUUUGGAAGUAGUCUGCUGAUGUAUGCUAACAUUUAGUUAACAACUGAUGUUUCUAAAUCCUGUGAACUUUGCAGUCUGUGUCCUGACUCUGAUUGGUUGCAGCUUUGACGCUCUUACGGGUGAGAGCAGAGGUGGAGUCAUCCAUACUAAGAGCUUUGGCGGCCAAUGCAGAAAAGUGUUCAGUGGAGACCAAAGAGAAUAUUAUCGGCUGAGUGACAGUGUCCUUGCUUACACAUUCCAGGUGUGUUCGAUUGCUUGUUUUUCAGUCACAGUAUCAUCUGAGGAUAGGAACAGAAGCAGCCCACUGGCUGGGGGGGGGGGCGCAGAACUUUAGCAUCCUGGCAGCUGGGUCUCUGUUGCCUAUCAAGCAAGGCGAAGAGUUUGGUGCAGUGCAAACACACUGGCAAGAGAGCUGGAUUGGCUCAGCUGUUGCAUUUGCACCUUGUUGAACUACUUCCGCUAUGUUCCUCCCGACGACCAGUAGCAACGCACCUGUAUGGAAACUAGUGUAGUGGUUUUGUCCCACACUGCAAACUGCUUCUAGACAGGAACAUAAGAAGCUGUCCUAUACUGAGCCAGCCCGUUGGCUCAUCUAGUUCUCUUUGUUCUACACUGACUGGCAGCUGCUGUCCAUGAUUUCAAGCAGGGCUCCACAUGAACAUGCUGACACCUGAAUCUGGGACCUUCUGCAUGCAAGCAAAUUCCCUACCACUAGUAUACAGUCUUUUUCAUGGGUGGCUCAGUCUGCUUCCAGUCAGAGUCCAUUUUUCAUGUGUUCAUUCACAAGUCUAUGCCAGCUCUUUUUCUCAAUUUAAAAAGGACCGAAAAACUUAAAAUAUACUCAUCACGUUUUUUAUUUUUAUUAUGGAUUCUGUUUUUUGUUUUUUUUAUGUUGUGAAUCGCCCUAAUAUCUACGGGUAUUGGGUGGUAUACAAAUAAUAAUCAUAAUAAUAAUAGGUAUACAAAUAUAAGGGGACCCGGGUGGCGCUGUGGGUAAAAGCCUCAGCGCCUAGGACUUGCCGAUUGAAAGGUCGGCGGUUCGAAUCCCCGCAGCAGGGUGCGCUCCCGUCACUCGGUCCCAGCGCCUGCCAACCUAGCAGUUCGAAAGCACCCCCGGGUGCAAGUAGAUAAAUAGGGACCGCUUACUAGCGGGAAGGUAAACGGCGUUCUGUGUGCUGCGCUGGCUCACCAGAUGCAGCUUGUCACGCUGGCCACGUGACUCGGAAGUGUCUGUGGACAGCGCUGGCUCCCGGCCUCUAGAGUGAGAUGAGCGUACAACCCAAGAGUCUGUCAAGACUGGCCCGUACGGGCAGGGGUACCUUUACCUUUAUACAAAUAUAAAUGUUUUAUCUCAAUGCACACAUUUUAAAAAGCACUUUAUUCUGCAAUAUGCAUUUUGGGUAUGUUUUUAAAGCUGAGAACUGUAUUGCAAUGUAGAAUGUGUGAAACCCAUAGCAUAAUUAUUUUAUGAACCAGUGAUUAGUCCAGGUGAUGUGAAUUAGGUUGGUUUGCUUAAAAAUACAAGCUGAACAACGUUUUUUUUAAAUGCAAAGGUGUGUUGCGGGAAGCAAGAAUGUACAUUAUCUUUAGGGUUCAGGUUCAGCUAUACUGCAUGGACACAGCAUUUGUCCACACUUUCUAGGCAGAGGUCCACAAAUGCUCCGUCUCCGAGUGGUUUUUUAACCUUGGCUUUCCCCACUAAAACCCACUCUUUAAAGCUGAAUCGGAGCAGUCAAUUUUGGUUUUCCGUGGAUGGAUGUUUACUCCAAUUGAGCUUUAAAAAGCGGUUUUUGUGGGGAAAGCUCCAGAGCAAAGAGAGGGGCUUGGAGACAGAGCUUUAAAUUGUGGGCUUUGCCUGGAAGGAACAGAGGAAAGGCAACUCUGAAGAACCUGCGGUACAGCACAAUAACUUUAAAGAGAAAGCAUGUAUCUGGCAGUCACGACAGAAUUGCUUGUGCGGGGGACAGGUGCUUUAUAAUACACUAAAUUUUGUGUAGUUUGUGGAUUUUUAGGUUUAAUGUUUCACACACAAUUUUGGGUGGCAUGAGUUAAAUUUGUACCUUUCCUCAAGAAAAUAGCUAGCAUGGAGGUACCUAAUGUCUGGGCUGAGAAACAAUAUAAUUGCCAAUAUUUUAUUUAUUUCCAGAGAAUUUUAUAUAUAGAUACCUUUUGCUUCUUUUUAAUAGGUGACCAUUCAGAAUGACUUCAGCGCUGAAUUUUACAACAGUUCCUGGGCAUAUAGAAAACACACAGAGAGGCUUGCAACUGGAAAAAAUUACCGCCGGGAAGAAGAAAAAACAAUUGAAAAUAGCCAUUCAAAGGUACCCAGUGUUCUGCGUAAUUUCUUGCAAGCAAUUUCCCCAAAUUUAAUGCAUUUUUAAUGUUAUUUUCACUAUUUGUGUGCUUUAAUACAGAGUGUCUAUUAAUAUACACAGUUAUGCAUGCAUAUCGUAAGUUGGAAACGUGCAAAAUUUAAAGGAUCACUGUGCUUUGAUUUGCGUUCUGUUUUGCACAUCAAAUUCAUGUCAAAAUGUGAAUAGAACUGAAUUUCUUCCCCAUCCCUCACCAUCCAUUACUGCAGUGGUUUUCAACCAGUGUGCCGUGGCACCCUGGGGUGCCUUGAAUGAUGGUCAGGGAUGCUGUGGACAACGCUGGCCCUCUUUCCUUCCCUCCCUUCUCUGAUGCCCUCUUGCAUCUCUGCCUCUCAAAGGCUUGCACAGCUGUUUGUUGCAGCAGCCCUGGCUACAGACUCCACAGUAAAUGGUGCCUCUGGGGCUGGCCAGGGGGUGCUGGUUGUCAGGAGCUGAGGCGGCCUUGGGGCAGGUGAAGCAGCUCAGAGACUCAGAGACCAAGCAGAGCAGAGAGGAGAGGAGGCUGAGGAAACAUUCCACAAGGAAGGAUGUUCGAAAAGAGUGAGAGGCUGCCAGCUCUGCAGGCAAGGGGUGAUGUAACAGAGCUCCUGAACCCCACAGGGGUGCUGCAGAAAUAAUGUAGUUGGUCAAGGGAGCCGUGGACCCAAAAAGGUUGAAAACCUCUGCAUUACUGGAUUGGGGAGUUUGAAAUUUCAGUAUUUCCCUGUUUGCUGAACUCUGACACCAAAUAGCUAACCAGCAUGUGGAAUUCAGCAGUUAAUAAAGAAUUCUUUAUCCAGGAGAUAUCAGCUGUAAAUUGCUCUUUUUAUAAACAUUUUCCUACUAUUGUAAAACAACUGCCUGAGUUCUAUAUAUUUUUUGCUUUCCUAGAGUAAUCUGCUCAUGGUUAUCGAAAACAGUGUGGAAGUUGCUCAGUUCAUCAAUAAACAGCCGGAACUUCUAAAUCUUGCUGAGCCCUUCUGGAAAGAGCUUGCUAACCUUCCCACCUUCUAUGAAUAUAAUGCAUACCAAAGGCUGAUUGAACGUUUCGGAACACAUUUCUUGCACUCUGGAUCUUUGGGAGGACAUUACAAAGUUCUGUUUCAUGUUGCUUCAGACAGUGCAAAAGCACAAGGUAGUGUACCGGUGCACUCAUUCCCAAAUAGUAAAGGAGUGAGGUAAAGAUAAAGGGACCCCUGACCAUUAGGUCCAGUCGCAGACAAUUCUGGGGUUGUGGCAGUCAUCUCGCUUAACUGGCCGAGGGAGCCGGCAUACAGCUUCUGGGUCAUGUGGCCAGCAUGACUAAACUGCUUCUGGUGAAGCCACAGCAGUGCACGGAAACGCCGUUUACCUUCCCGCCGCAGCUGUACCUAUUUAUCUACUUGCACGUAUGACAUGUUUUCGAACUGCUAGGUGGGCAGGAGCAGGGACCAAGCAACAGGAGCUCACCCCGUCACAGAGAUUCGAACCACCAACCUUCUGAUCGGCAAGCCCUAGGCUCUGCGGUUUAGACCACAGCGCCAACUGCAGUAUAAAGGAGUGAGUUUGGGAAUAAAAUGCAUUCUAUUCUUGCAUGCAAGUAGCAGAGAAACCCCAAAACAUUAUUCUCUGUUUAUAUGAAAUGCGGAGGAGCCCUUAACCUAGUAAGCAAGAGUAGAAUCUAGUUCUAGAACACUUCCAGACUGUCGCUGUUUUGCCGGUGGGAUACAAUGGUGUAAGGUAAAGGGGACCCCUGACCAUUAGAUCCAGUCGUGACCCACUCUGGAGUUGCGGCGCUCAUCUCGCUUUAUUGGCCAAGGGAGCCGGCGUACAGCUUCCGGGUCAUGUGGCCAGCAUGACUAAGCCACUUCUGGCGAACCAGAGCAGCGCACGGAACUGCCGUUUACCUUCCCGCCAUAGCGGUACCUAUUUAUCUACUUGCACUUUGACAUGCUUUCGAACUGCUAGGUGGGCAGGAGCAGGGACCGAGCAACGGGAGCUCACCCCCGUCGAAUCCCCGUCACGGGGAUUCGAACCGCCAACGUUCUGAUCAGCAAGUCCUAGGCUCUGUGGUUUAACCCACAGCGGUGUAUCAGCCAUUAAAUUCACUCUCUGUUUUCCCACUCCCUCCCACCCCCAGAGGACCCUCAGAAUGCGACUAUACUCUUACUUCAGAAUAUACUGGUUGGAGUUGUUGCUACAAGAGCUCAGACCCCCUUUAAAUCACUGGAGUCCUUGGCGUUGAUCCUGUUUCUUACCCCUAUUAGCUGUAUGAUCCACAGAUCUCCUGUUACAGGCUGCCACUGGUAUAUCCAAACCUGUUUUUCUCCUCCCACCUUCCUUUGGAUGCUGCUGUCUCUCACCAUUUUUACCUGAUUUCCUCUCCCUCUUCCAGAGUCUGGGAUACUUACCUCUUUUGUUAGCCUUCCUCCCCCAAGAUGGUAAAAGAUUCAUGCAGCUAGUCUAUGUAGGUUGUGACACUACCCAUCUAAAUGGCUAUUCAUCUGCGUCUUCAUCUACUAAUAUAGGUGAUGUCAGCAUCUUCAUCUCUGCUUGCCAGCUGAUUUCUGGCAAGUUGUGCUUGGCCUUGAUGGAACCAGAGACUGGAGUCACCUGUUGAUGGUUCCUUUACAGUUCUGUUUGAGACCUUAAAAAAAUGUGUAGGCUGCCUUGAAGCCUUUCGCUUAGGCAGAAAGGUGGGGUGCAGCUCUUAAUAAACAAGCAAAUCAGUAAAUAAAUCCAUCUUGCUUAAGAAGUUCCAAGCUACCUUGGGACCCAGUUCUGUGGGACAUUUUCCUGCACAUUGGAAAUGAUUGCAUCGAUCGUUCAUUGAUCAUCAAGGUUAAUGCCCAUUUCUUGGCCUAGGUUUGAGCAUGCUGGACAUGCACAAAUGCACUUCAUCAGGGUGGAAUUUUGUGUUUGUAAAGAAGAAGAAAACAGAAUGCAACAAACUAGAUGAACUGCUGCGGCAAUCUUCAGGUAAAUAGUUGUGUGUGUGUUCUUGGAGAGGCUUACUGAUCAAUAGCAGUCGUCCGGCUUAACCGAUUGGAAUGUUUCACUAAAGCAAACAGGACCCUGCCGGUCUUACUGUAUUCAACUUCGCAGCUCCCUUGUCUCCAAGGGCACAAAGAGGCAGAGCAAAGAGCACAUGGGGGCCCUUCUCUGAAGGAGUUUAAGACUGCUGGGGAAACAGGUGGAUGAGGAGGAGAUGCAGGGGGAAGUGCGAGGCUCUGGCAACUGCUUAACUGAGGCCAGUCUUGCCGUACGUUUCUCUGUUUGUAUUCUGUUUCAUUGAGCAAAAAAUCAACUUGACUGCUUGUCUCCGAGUCUCUGUGCUGACCUGCAGCUGAACCAGCCCUGACCCAAUGAUGGCCCCCAACCUGGUGUCAGGAGUUCAGCCUACGCUCGAGUACGACCCUGGUAGAGACACAUGCCUGACUGGCAUGUUCCCUCCCUCCUGAUAGAUCGUUCAGGAGCUUCAUAAGCUUUCUUCAGCCCAAACAUCACAGCGACCGAUGCCAACAGACACCGGCACACUUAGGGAUCCACAGAGUUUGUGCAGUUGCAUAACAGAACCCCAGCAACUCAGCAUUUUGGCUAAUCUACUUUAUUUACAUAUAAACACACACAGAGCACUGCAACAUGGCUCCCUCUCUCUCUAGCAUCAGACAGCAAAGAGAGAGAAAACAAAGGACAAUAGUCCCACUUCAUGGAACGCAGUAACACAAACAUCCUGUCUCCGUCACUUCCCACUCUGUGGAGUCAAAACAUACACCAUCAUGUGAAAGACAACAAUCCCAUGACUGCAAUCAUGGAGCAGGAAUUCUAACACUUGGAUGGCUUUACAAAGAGGGUUAGGAACAUUCAUGGAGAUGGCUGUGCUCUGUCUCCAAGGUCAGAGGCAGCCAUGCUUCUGAAUAUCAGGCGCCACAUUAGGGAAGAGGGCUCUUGCGCUUGAGUCCUGCUUGUAGGUUUUCUAUAAACCUCUCAUUGGCCACUGUGAGAAUAGGUUGCUUGACUAGGUCAGCCACUGGCCUGAUCCAGAAGGCUCUUCUUUUAUGUUCUUAUACUAUACAGUCGUACCUUGGAAGUCGAACGGAAUCCGUUCCGGAAGUCCGUCCCACUUCCAAAACAUUCGGAAACCAAAUCUCGGCUUCUGAUUGGCUGCAGAAAGCUCCUGCAGCCAAUCAGAAGCCCCGUCGGACGUUUGGGUUCCAAAGAACAUUCGCAAACUGGAACACUCACUUCUGGGUUUGCAGCUUUUUGGAGCCAAAACAUCUGAGUACCAAGGCGUUCAGGAUCCAAGGUACAACUGUACUUAAUUUAUAUGUUCUUAAGUCCAUUUAGAUGUCAGCUGUACGUGCCACGACACAACUGUUUGACAAUAUAAAACGCUUGUUUUUAAAAUGCUGUGCUCUUUUUGUGCUUCCAGGUACCAGAAGCAAUCAGAUUCGAGCUGACCCGUUAGUAGAGGGAGGAAGUCCCGGAGCUGUAGCUGGGCUAAGCUACAUGGACAUAAAUGAUCCUGUGGCAAAUACGCAACGAUACUCCUUCUGGGCUAGAUCGGUGUCCUAUUCUCCUAGAGUCAUUAAGCAAAAGGUAAAACUCUGAUUUGUGUGAUUUAUUUUUUUUAUUAGAUGAAUCAUUCUCACACAGUUAAACGCCAGGGAUUUUCAGCACAUGAAGUGGGAAUAUGCUUCUGAAUACCAAUUGCUGGAAGCCAGAGGAGGAGGAGAGAGAGCUCUUGUGCUAGAAUCCUUCUUUUAGCUGUUCAGCCCCUGUGAGAACAGGAUGCUGGACUAGAUGGACCAUUGCAUUGACCCAGCAGGGCUAUUCUUAUGUUCUUAUCAUGCUUUUUGUCAUUGUUUCCAACCUUCAAAUGUUGAUCUCAUCUUCUGCACAGAGCUUACACACAUACCACUUGCAUGCUGCAUGAACCCUAGAGAUAGAUGCAACUGUUUCAGCUACUCUCAUUUUUCCAGUCUUACAUUCAGUUCUCCACAAAAUGCCUCUUUAUAUGUUCUGCCAAAAAUUAAUCAGUGUUUUAGUGCAUUUAUCCCAAUGUAAACAUUUUUGUAUGCCUAAGUUUGCCUAAUAGACACAUUUCUGCAAGCAAUUUCUCCUAAUAUAAUGCAUUUUUGCAUUAUUAUUUUUUAAAGAAUGCUCACAAUUUUAUGCACACUUCCCCCCAGACAUGUGCAUUUUUCUACAUAUUAUUUGGUUGGAGAAUGGCAUCGCAAAGUUCAGAGACGUGCAAAUUUCAAAGGAUAGUUUGGUUUCGAUUUGCAUCUUGGUUUGGGGGUUGCAAAUUAGAUCGGUUCGCAGUUAAUGCGAACUGAACCAAAUUUCUCCCUCAUCCCUGAGUGUGAUCUGGUGCACUGCAAAAUGCAGGCUUCACUCAUCACACACAGAGAGCUUAUGUGGAUAUCAUGUGUGCAUGCAGAGGCUCUGUUUUUACAAAGGAACAAUCAAUGAUUGGGCAUCAGGAGCAAGGCAGUGGGCAUGAUGUUGAGCAUCCUUGAGUCGUGACCAUCUGAGAAUGUCUAUUGGCUUCUUAUAAGUGCAAAAGGAGGACUCCUACUGGAAGGCAUCAUGAGGGAGGCUUAUGCCUUCAGUUCAAUACCACUCCAUAUAUCCUGAAACAGCUCUACCAUCACUGUCCCUGGCAUGGCUACUGCCACCCAGAUCUAGACAGGACUUCCAUUUAGUAUAAGUUACUCAUGCCCACUUUUUUAAAAAUCAAAAAAAAUCUCCUUUCUUUUUCUCCUUCAUUGCAGUUUCCCCAAAAAAUGCUAUUCAAGUGAAAGGAAGUUGCUGCUGAGCUUGCUAAGUCAAAUAAAUCAAAUAAAAGCAGAAAUCCCUGUGAGCAUUGUACCUUGUUUGCAAGUUAAUUAAGGUCCCUAUACUCAGUCUGAGCAUCUAGUUUGCUCAGAUCCAGUGAGUAAGCAGAAAUUUCAAGAUGUCAGAGUUAAGCAAAGCAAUUCAGCGUUAUUGCAUUUGGCAUAAUUAAGAUUCAUGUGCACAAUGCUUGCCAGCUGUGUAGCCCACGUGAGCAAGUUUGGUUAGGUAUAGGCAUCACACAGCAAACAUUAUCCUGGGUGACUGGCUAACUUCAUCUAAUGAAUGAAACACCCCCCCCCCCAAGACAAAACCUCAACAGAUGCACAGGUCAAUACUUAUUCGCCUGAAAACACGGUCCACUUUUUUCAUGAAGUAUCUGCGAAAAUUCUAGUUACAGGUAGGUAGCCAUGUUGGUCUGCUGUAGUCGAAACAAAAUAAAAAAAUUCCUUCCAGUAGCACCUUAGACACCAACUAAGUUAGUUAUUGGUAUGAGCUUUGUUGUUGUUUUUUUAAUGAUAUUUAUUAAAAUUUCAAAUAAUACAAGAAUUACACAAAAACAAAAAAUAAAAAUAAAGUUUUUAAGAUAUAACAAAGAAAUGAAAGAUAAAAAGAAACAUACAAAAUAAAAACAAUUAAAAAACACAUUAAUUUUCCAUAGCAUAUCUUCCUUACACUUAUUUCCCCGGACCUCCUCGUACCUCCCUUUUUUGUAUUCCAGUUCAGUUUGUUAGUUCAGCAAAUCCUUACCAUUAAGCUUUUACCCAUUUGUGAACCUUUUUUCGUAUCUCUUAAAGCAUUACAGCUGGAAACCACUUAGUUUCUAUCCAACAUCCUUCUAAGAUUCAUUAAUUUUACAAUAUUUCUGUAAAUAGUCUUUAAAUUUCUUCCAGUCUUCUUUCACCGACUCUUCUCCCUGGUAUGAGCUUUGAUGUGCACGCACAUGAAAAGUGUAUCUGAAGAAGUGUGCAUGCACACAAAAGCUCAUACCAAUAACUAACUUAGUUGGCCUCUAAGGUGCUACUGGAAGGAAUUUUUUUAUUUUAUCUGCCAAAAGAUGGACUUGCUUUAGACUAUGCAAAGAAAAAAAGAAUGUGAACCAGGUUGAGAUGUACACGCUGCAUCUUGCACGCCACAUGCCAUUUUAAUUCUUAAAGGGAUUCCACUGGCAAUUAAAAUAGUUUUAACUACUGAUUAUUUUGGGCUGUUUAGUCAUUAUUGUUGUCUUUCAUCUGUUAAUUUUGCUGCUGUCCUUUUGGAAGUUGCUCUAGAAAUAUGGCAAAAGGCAAAGUUAAAAAUAAAAAUAAAAAUAAAAAUAAACAAUAGAAGUUUUCCACUCUGAUGUCCAAGGAAUAGUCUGAGGAUGCUCAGAUUCUCUGUCACUCUUAAGCAGGUCUGAACCUAUCCACCUCUUGAGUGAAAUACCACCUGGAAGCCCUAUUAUCAUGAUUGUAACAAAUAAAGGUCAUUUAGGUCCCACUGAUUUUUACAGGAAUGUUAAUCACACAGGACUGACAAGCAUUAAUGUUGGCUGUGUUGAACAUUGCUCCUAGUUUCUUGAGGCAAGAGUAGAAUUAAUACUGUGCCAAAAUUUGGCCUCCAAUUUUACAGAAGUUUUCUUCCCCUGAAAAGAAAAUAGGUUUCAUUUUUUCCCCUGCCUAAUUCUCAGGGCAGUUGAGAAUUCCUUUAAAAUUUCAGGGGUUUUGAGCGCACCCCUCAUCAUUGCAAGGUGGCUAGGCAUGGGGGGGGGGUGUUUCUGCUUUCUAAUAAAGAUCAGACCAGCACUGUGCAGCCUCCCCAGCUGUCCACACUUACUGAUUAAAAAAACAACAACCAUGGGAGGAAUUGCCUCCAGGUGUCUUCUCCUGGGUUUUAAUUGAAACAUGUGCACCUUACUCAAGAGCAGGGGAAAUUCAACAAAAACACUGCACCCCACACGUGAAUUUCAUCUUCUCUCCCUUUGAAUAAUUUUUGAGUGCAAUUCCCGCCUCAUGGAGAAAAAAUGGGGAGCCAAGUAGAAUGUAAGAAAAAAGUAAUGUUCUUUGAAAACAAACAAACAGUCGGACAUGUUAAUUAUAUAUAUAUAUAGCUCACACCACUGUAUGAGCUGGUGAAGGAGGUACCUUGUGCAUCCGUCAAAAGGCAUCACCUGAAACGAGCCAUCGAAGAGUACCUGAGCGAAAACGAUCCCUGCAAAUGCCGCCCGUGUCGAAAUGGCGGUGAGCCGGCUGUUGUGGAAACUCAGUGCCUAUGCUUCUGCAAACCGUAUACUUUUGGAGCAGCUUGUGAACUGGGAACUCUUGUGCAAGACCAGCCAGGCAAGUAAUUUCUCUCCUGUUUUAGAGUGGAGGUGUUUAAAGCAGGUAGUGCAAUGUGUGGACACUACAGGCCCUCCCCCAAAUGCACACACACACAGGCAUGCAUGAUGUUACUGUGAUUUGAAGUUACUUAGGGCUUAUCCGCACUACAUUUCUCCUGCUGCUGACCCACCCCCAGGGAAACCUGAUAUUUCAGGCUUCCUCAACCUCGGCCUACAAGUUCCAUGAUCCCUAGCUAGCAGUACCAGUGGUCAGGGAUGUUGGGAAUUAUAGUCUCAGAACAUCUGGGGGGCCGAGGUUGAGGAAGCCUGUGAUAUUUAGUGCUGACUUGGAGCAAACAGCAAUGGGGUUUUCUGCCAGUUACCUUUUCGUUCUGAUUUAGUGCUAAAAAGUGGGGUUUGGGGGGGCAGUGGGGCAAAGGCAAUACCACUUGGACCUCUCCCUACAAAGCAUGGGUCAAGUGGAAAACCACCCAGACUCAUGCUUUCUAGGCAUGGGUUAAGCGAAAGUGUGGAUAGGUCCUUAAAGUGCAAAAGGACCAACUCUUGUCUCUGGCCUCUUCAACGCCAGAGGCAGGCUUGCAGGAUCUACUGUAACUUGCAUUUCUUUUACUAGAACCUCAAGGUAAACCUGGUUUCAACCAAACCUAGUUCUAGUAAACCUGGUUUCAACUGAACCUGGAAGCAAAAGAGUGGUUCAGGGGGAAGAGAGUCUGAUGCAAAAAUGAUAGCUGAGGAGCUGGAGAUAAUAACCCACCACAUUCUGGAAGUCACAUGCUGGAAGGUACACAUCUGCUUUCCAUAGGCAUCCACAGGAUUUUUUAAAGCAAAACACCAAAUAGGGGAGCAGGCCAGUUUCUCACAACAACAACAACAACGAGAAUAGUGCCUGUGCAUUUCCUCUUAUUUCUCAGGUUAUACAACUCCUGGAAGCUUGCUCUUUGGGGAAAAAAAUAAAGCUGGGAAUCGGGAUUACGAUUCACCAGGGCAGGGGGGACAACAGUCAGCUUUUCUGUGAAUUGCCAUUUGCUCUGAUUCAGCAGUAAAAUGCAGGUUUCCUGGGGAAAGUACUAGGACAAAAAAGUGCUUUUAAGUGCUGAUCUGUGCCUAGAAAGCAUGGUGCAAAAGGAAGUCUGGAUGAGCCUUUAGUCAACAGCAAGCAAUUAUGUACCCAUAAUUUAUGUGUGAGGAACACUGGUGCUGAGAGAUAAGGAAUCAGCACAUCAGGAUUUCUGCCCCCUCCUUACUUGCAGUUGUCAAACAACUGGGAGUCAUGAACUCUUGCUGAUUUACUGCAAAUCACCUAGGGCUCUGCCAAAUGAUCUCAGUUGGUCUUCUGUGCAGUUGCAACAAUGUGUGAACUGUAGGGCCACUGUAAUAGUUAACGGCUUAGCUAUUUUCACCUCUAAGAAGGGGAGCAGCUGAUAUUGAAAGCUGGUGCAUAGACAAGGGUGCAGUUUGCCCUCACUCCUUAAGGGUAAUCAAAUAUAUCAAAUUUUCUAAUAUUGUCCAGAGGGAGGAGGGUGCAGGUGAAUAUCUUGUGACGGUGAGUUGCAUAGUAUCCUGUGUCUGAUCCACUGAAAAAUGAUACAUGACCUUUCCUGCCAUUAUGAAGGAGUCAUUGAUGGAAGCUGGAGCUGCUGGUCCUCAUGGAGUUCUUGUACAGGAGGAAGGAAAUCAAGAAGUCGAAGCUGUAAUAAUCCCAGUCCCAGUGGUGGUGGAAGGUCCUGCAUCGGAGAAGCAGCUGAAAGCCGCCAGUGUGAGGAUGAGGAUUUGCAACAUUUUCGGUAGGUGGAAAUGAUACUUGCUAAGAGGAAAUAUGGUUUGGCAAGUCCUGGAGUCACCUGAGACUUGUUGCAAAUUAUACAUUGAAGAGAGAGUCAAUGUAUUGCUCUCCUGAAGUUGAUGAGCUACAGUUCCCAUUAUGCCUGACCACUGGUCAUGCUAGAUGAGUCUGAUGGGAGUUGUCAUCCUACAACAUCUGGAGGUCAGCCCAUAUACAUGGUGUAGUGAAGUGGUUCUCAAACAGUGAUCUUUGGACCACCAGUGAUCCACAAGGUUCAUUCAAGUGGUCUACAGUGCAUCUGUGGAUUUGUGGUUGAAGACAGAAGACAGCACACCCAUCACACUGAAUAUGCCUGUUGGCUUUUAAUGGUAUUUCAAUUGCUUCUUUUAUUUCUUAUGUUGUAUUACAGGCAUUCUGUGUUGAUUUUGCCACAGAUCCUACCAUUUUUACUUUGUGCUCAUAAAGUAGUAAGAAUAAUUAUAAAACAACAUGGAGACAGGGAGACCCAGUUUUGGUGCUGGGUGCAUGGCUUGGAGUUCUGAAACCACCACAAAUGUCGUAUAAUAUUAUGGCCUAUUAAAACCCUAGGUAAAAGCUGGAUUAUCAUGUUUGUCCUUUGAUGCUAUGGCCUGUUGGCUACGCAAAUAAAGUCCUUGUUGUUGUUGUUGACCACAAAUGUCUACCAAGUGUUUAAGAUGAAAAUUUUCAGUGCCUUCAACAAAUGGUUUGGGAGGACCUGAAAUGGCAACAUUGCAGAAGUUGGGCAAGCACAGUUCUGGUUGGAAAAUCCAGUUGUAUGAUCAGGAUAUACCGUAUUUUUCACCCUAUAGGACGCACUUUCUCCCCUCCAAAAAUGAAGGGGAAAUUAUUAUUUUUUAUUCAUUCCCCCCCCCCCCCCCAAAAUGAGGUGCAUCCUAUGGGCCGGUGCACCCUAUAGGGCGAAAAAUAUGGUAAACACUUUUUUUAAGUUGCAAUUUUUCAAUCUCAUUAGAUAAUUUUUGUGACCUGGAAAAAGUAUUUAUUAUUUGUGACCUGGGAAAAGUUAGCUCAAACUAACUUUUUUCAUGCAAGGAUUUGGAGCAUUUCAUUUAGGCUGGGACAAGAAAGGGACAAAAGUUAGUGAGCAUCCAUUAGCUGCUUUUUCUCUGUGAGUGUGUUUGUGUCCCUCUCCAGAUGCUGAUAGUUUAAAUUUGAUAGAAGUUUAAUGCCCUUGCAGAAACAGACCCCUCUGAGAAGUAAAGUGUUUUCAAAUGAAAGGUGACAAAUCUCUUGAACUCUGAAAUAAAUUAUAAUCAAAAUGUUUUGCUUUAUAGUUCAAUAGAACCACACUGCUUUGAUGUGUCUACGCUGGGCACAGAGUCCUGCCCACCACCUCCUCCCUUGGAAAAUGGAUAUGUGCAGGUAAGUGAAGCACAAUAGAAUUCCCACCUCAUGCAGGUUUUCUGCAUACAUAAGAGUACAGUAGUAAAAUUUAGGUUGCAGUUCUGUGUACCUCUAAGGUAGCCCAUGCGGUAAGCUCCAGAUGUUGUGGAACUACAAUUUCCAUCAGCCAUCAUGGGCAACAGUCAGGGCUGAUGGAAGUUGUAAUAAUCCAAACAGGAUCUGAAGGCCACCUGUAAUUCCCACUUGCCCAGGAGUAAGCCCCAUUGAAAUCAGUGGAACUUAACUUCUGAGUCCAUAUGUUUGUACUUUGAUUGUACUACAGUGGUACCUCGGGUUACAGACGCUUCAGGUUACAGACUCCGCUAACCCAGAAAUAGUACCUCGGGUUAAGAACUUUGCUUCAGGAUGAGAACAGAAAUCAUGCUCCGGCGGUGCAGUGGCAGCGGGAGGCCCCAUUAGCUAAAGUGGUACCUCAGGUUAAGAACAGUUUCAGGUUAAGAAUGGACCUCCAGAACGAAUUAAGUUCUUAACCCGAAGUACCACUAUAUAUGGAUUUCAUUGCUGGUUCACUGGUUUAUUUAGGCAGUAAACAAGUUUACCUAGGCAGAAAUAUCCAUGUCCUGGGCCACGAUGCUGAUCAUUCAAAAAUGCAAAUAUAUAAUUCUAUAACACUGUAUAUUUCGAAUAAUUAUGUAAGAAUUAUUCAAGCAUGUAAGAAUAGAGAGGCAUCCUUCCACUCAGUGACCCUCAAUUUUUCUACUUUUUAGGAUGCCGAUUCAUCCUAUCCUGUGGGGAAGAGCAUCAUUUACACCUGCAAUAGUGGAUAUGCUGUUGUCGGGGACCCAGUGGUGACCUGUGGCGAAGGCUUGAGGUGGACCAUUGGACAGAUGAGCUGCCAGAGUAUGUAUUUGUAAGCCUGGCUGCAAAGUACAAUUCACCAUUUACAUUUGUGUGCCCAGGCGGAGACCCACCCCCCGACCCCAGGCGACACCCGGGUAGAAUAACGACUCGUGACAAUGUGUUAUGGGAUUAAAAUUGGCCACAACUUUAUUAAAGAUUCAGAUGUAGGAAGACCUUGGCUUAGGCAUUGGUCGUUUAUCCCUCCCAGUCCCCGGCCAGGGAUCUGGGGCACAUCAGGGUUAGCCAAUCUGUCUGGGGACUGGGCUGGCUCUGGAAGACAUAUGUUUAAGCAGAGAGCCUGCCCCCUAUUUCACCGCAACACAGGGGAGUGCACUGACAACCUUUCAGCGCAUGGCCAGUGACUCCCCUCAAAACAACCCCUUUAACAGGGAACCCUGGGAUCACUGCCGCCGGGGGGGGGCAUGUGUCAACGCUUCACACCCCCUACCCAUUUAGGUAAGAUAGACUAAAGGAUUCCGCCCAAGGCCUAUAACCGCCAAAGUUGUGACGAUUUGCUACGGGGAAGGCAAAACCUGCCAAUGCAGGGAAAUUCCUUCCCUGUCCUUCAACAGCAACCAUUGUAAGACUGUAGCAGUGCCUUGAUGAGCUAUGCAGAACUGGCUAAACUGACAUACAAACUGCGGGACAAGGACAACUGUGACUUUAAGGAAGAAUGGGAGCUUUUUACAAAUUAUCUAAAAAGACAGCAAAAUGAACUGGACCCCUUGGCAGGUUUUGAAUAAACAUGCACAAAUUUAUUGGUUGAUAACAUGAUAGAUAGAUAGAUAGAUAGAUAGAUAGAUAGAUAGAUAAUGUAAGGAUAUGUAUAAUUUUAUAACAUGCAGAGAACAAUAUGUGCUGAGAAAUCAGAGAGAGGAGCUGAGGGAAGUCUUUAGGGGGGAGGGAGGGUUUGAAGGGGGGAAAGGGGGAAAUAAUGAAUAUGAUAUGUUUUGACAGUGUGCAUGUUGAAAUUGUUAAUAAAAAUAUAUUUUUUUAAAAAAAUAAACAUUAAUAUAAAAAAUAAAAAAGACUGUAGCAGUGCCUGCAUACCUGUAAAGAAGUAGUUAAAGGUAAAGGGAUCCCCUGACCAUUAGGUCCAGUCGUGGCCGACUCUGGGGUUGUGGCGCUCAUCUCGCUUUAUUGGCCGAGGGAGCUGGCGUACAGCUUCUGGGUCAUGUGGCCAGCAUGACUAAGCCGCUUCUGGCAAGCCAGAGCAGCGCACGGAAACGCCGCUUACCUUCCCGCCGGAGCGGUACCUAUUUAUCUACUUGCACUUUGACGUGCUUUCGAACUGCUAGGUUGGCAGGAGCAGGGACCGAGCAACGGGAGCUCACCCCGUCGCGGGGAUUCGAACCGCUGACCUUCUGAUCGGCAAGUCCUAGGCUCUGUGGUUUAACCCACAGUGCCACCCGCAUCCCUAAAGAAGAAGUUAACCUGCAAUAAAAGGCCUAAACGAAGGGCGGGUAGGGCGGGGGAAGCUCUGGAGCUGACUGAGAGUUCCCAUGUCAGCUCCGCCCCUUUUAUGCUUAAAGAGUGGACCCAACCCUUAUUGUUCCACUCACCUGGCUCUGCCUCCCCAGUCGUGAUUGGCUCUUUGAACGGAGGUUUGGUGGGAACCUCAAGGUUUGCGACUUGGGGAGGCGGUCCAGGAGCGCUCCGCCAGGAGUCAUGUAGGAUCAGGGGUGCUGUGCGUAUCUGAUGUGGAGAGUGGUCAUUCUAUGCCAGGAAAAGAUGCCAUUCUUAAAUUUCUGUCAUGCAGCUGUUCAAGACCAUUGCCGAAGGAGAUGAGGAAAGGAGUAACAAUAGUGUGGUGUAGUGUUUAAGAGCAGUAGAUUCGUAAUCUGGUGAACCGGGUUUGCUUCCCCACUCCUCCACAUGCAGCUACUGGGUGACCUUGGGCUAGUCACACUUCUCUGAAGUCUCUCAGCCCAACUCACCUCACAGAGUGUUUGUUGUGGGGGAGGAAGGGAAAGGAGAAGGUUAGCCGCUUUGAGACUACUUCGGGUAGUGAUAAAGCGGGAUAUCAAAUCCAAACUCCUCCUCCUCCUCCUCCUCUUCUUCUUCUUCUUCUUCUUCUUCUUCUUCUUCUAGGUGACUGCUGAGAGGGAGCAUUUGUUUUCACCUCACAGCCCUCAAGGGCUAGGGAUACAAAUGUGUUUUCAUUCUUCCCUCCCUCCAAGGAGCUCUGGCUAUAGCUGACACGGCUCUCCCUUGCCCAGUUUAUCUUUGGGGCAGGGCCUUAAUGUUCACCCUAAUGAACCAGCCCCCACAGCUUGCUUCUCCUCUUUAUUCCUUAGAAACGGCUUGUGUUUUGCCUGCGUUGGAAGGAGGACUGAGUGCAGACCCAGUGAAACCGUUGUAUCAGAUUGGAGAGAAGGUAAAGCUGUCGUGCCCAGAAGACACGCAGUUGGAAGGAGCAGCUGUCCUUUUGUGCGAACCCACCCUGAAGUGGUCUCCUAACGUCAACAAUAUCCAGUGCCGGAGGAGAGGUACGUAGUUCUAGGGCAAUUUUUUUGGUGCACUUGAAGCCUGAUCUUUCUUUGGAAACUUCAGAGCAGCUCCUGUGGGCCUCCAGAGAAGCAUUCCACUACCCAAACUUAACUGAGCAUGUUAAGACCAGAUCAGUUUCAGCCAUUUAACAACACCCUGCACCGCAAAAGCUAUUCACUGGGUGCAGAGACAUUAACUGGAUUUCAGAGAGUCUUCUCCCAUUUGAAGGAAGGCAAGUCUUGUCACUUUUGCCUGUGUGCAAGAGCUGCUUCCUGCUAUUAGGAAGGGUGGGAUCAGUGUUGUUUUUCUAGAAAAAGAGAUGCCAGAACUCACUGUGAACACCUCCUUUGUUCUCUUAGAAUGGCAAUGGUGCUCACCUGAGAGGUGCUGGAACUGAGUAAUAAUAAUAAUAAUAAUAAUAAUAAUUAAUAAUAAUUUAUACCCCGCCCAUCUGGCUGGGCUUCCCCAGCCACUCUGGGCGACUUCCAACAAAAUAUUAAAAUACAGUGAUCCAUCAAACAUUAAAAGCUUCCCUAAACAGUGCUGCCUUCAGAUGUCUUCUAAAAUCUGGUAGUUGUUUUUCUCUUUGACAUCUGGUGGGAGGAAGUUCCACAGGGCGGGUGCCACUACCGAGAAGGCUCUCUGCCUGGUUCCCUGUAACUUGACUUCUCGCAGUGAGGGAACCGCCAGAAGGCCCUCGGCGCUGGACCUCAGUGUCUGGGCAGAAUGAUGGGGGUGGAGACGCUCCUUCAGGUAUACAGGACCGAGGCCAUUUAGGGCUUUAAAGGUCAGCAUCAACACUUUGAAUUGUGCUCAGAAAUGUACUGUUCCUUUGAGUUCCUGUGAGUUCCCCCUGAAAAAAGCCCUGGGUGGGAUGAUGAUAAUAAUAAUAAUAAUAGUAAUGCCACCAAUUUGGAGUCAGCUGGUAGGCUUAACUCUUCUCUUUCCCUCAUUUUCAAUGGGAGAAGGUUGAGUUUCAGAGCAUUAUAGUGGGCACUUGCUGCAGCAUCCAAGGGUCCAAGGGAACUUCAUUUCCUCUGGUUCCCAGCAUUACUAAAUUGUGCAGCAACAACACACCAUAGCACCCAUGUUCUCAGUCCCAGCUAUGGCAUCCCUUGGACGCCCCCCCCCCAAACAUUCCAUGUUCCUUUGCACUGGUAAGUUGCACAGUGUGAGAGGAGAAGGAUGGGGAGAGAAUGCCUUUUUUAAAAAAGUUCACAAAAAGGUGGACAAAAGAAAUGAGUUGUCUUAAAACAGGUAUAUUAAAAAUGAAUGGGCUGCAUUAACUGUGUUGUGAGAGAUUCUAAAGUAAACAUAAUUGGCCUUUUUGAGUCACGGUACUGUGAAGGGAAAAAAAUCAAUAGAUUUCCCCCUCAUUGUAAAACCAGAGGGAAAAGACAGGUCUAGUCGCUCCAGAGGCUGCAAAGGGGGAGGAUUUUAAUUAUGUUUUGAUGGAUUGGGAUUACAUUUCAAGUAGAAAUAACUCAGGACCGGAGGUUCAGUAACAGAAAAGGCCACAAACAGGCCAGUCGUCAAGCAUCAAAUUUGUGCAGUUUCUUUUCCUGGUCCUUUGGUGGUUGUUCUUUUGUAUUGCUAUGUGCGCCCCCAAUCUCCAAGAAAUCUCAGGAGUGGGGACUCGGCAUGCAUCUCUUCUUGGAGCAAAGGUCACCGGAGUCUUAUGGCGUCUUUCUGAUAGAUGGUUUUGUUUACAGGCUGAGCGUAGGCUAGAAGGUGCACAGCAUUAGCAUUCGCAGCCGAUUUUCCUUUCCCAUCAGGUUUCUAGCAGGGCCACCAGUGCCAUUUCUUUGGAUUCUUGCAGAAAGCAAAUCAGACCAUUGUUUGUUUUGAGCUGGCUGGCUGUUCUUCUUCCACACUUGCUCCCAGCCCAGGGAAAGAGAGGGAAACUGAGGCCCCAUUCCCAAACGGCUUUCCUUCCAGCAAAGCCCAUCAACUGAGAGGAACCUAGAAUGCUGCCUUAUAGCGAGUCAGACUCCAUCUUGUUCAUUGCGUUGAUUUGCAGCUGGGCCAAGCUCAAGGUGUUACUAUCAAUAUAGAAAGGCCUUAACAACCGGGGAGCCAGUUUACCUGUGAGAUCGCCUUGCCCCAUAUGUGCCUCCUUGGCUGCUUCGAUCAGCGGAAUUGACACAGGUACCACAAAACACACUUUCCACAUUUGCGAGAAUUCAAUCUUUUAGGGUGGUUGCAUCUACCCUUUGAAACUCCCUGCCUAUAGAAAUCAGGCAGGCACCUUCACUGUGCUCUUUUUGGCACCUGCUGACAACACAACUUGAAGGAGCAUCUCCACCCCCGUCAUUCUGCCUGGACACUGAGGUCCAGCUCUGAGGGCUUUCUGGCGGUUCCCUCACUGCGAGAAGUGAGGUUACAGGGAACCAGGCAGAGGGCCUUCUUGGUGGUGGCUCCCACCCUGUGGAACGCCCUCCCAUCAGAUAUCAAGGAAAUAAGCAACUAUCUGACUUUUAGAAGACAUCUGAAGGCACCCCUCUUUAAUGUUUUUAAUGUUUAAUGCUGUAUUGUGUUUUUAAUAUUCAGUUGGGAGCAGCCCAGAGUGGCUGGGGAAACCCAGCCAGAUGGAUGGGGUAUUCUUAUUCUUAUUAUCAUUAAUAAUAAUAAUAUACUAUUGUUUUGACAAGCCUAUCAAGAGAUGUAGGAAGUUAAUGUGCGUUUUGGUCUGCUUUUUAGCCCUAUUGUUGUUUUAACUUUUCAAAAGUUUUGCAUCAAUUUUUGUUUCCUCGGGGAUCGUUUUAUUGUUUUAACUCUUUAGUAAACUGCUUUUAGGUGAUUUUUUUUUUUUUACAAUCAAGCGGUGCAUAAAUUUUAUGAAAUAAAUAAAAGAUAUCAUUGUCUACACUGACUGCCAGCAGCUCUCCAGGGUUUCAAGCAGGGAUCACACUCCCAGCCCAAAUUUGGAGAUUGAACCUGAGGCCUUCUGCAUGCAAAGCAGAUGUCCUGCCACUGAAAUGUGGCCCUUCCUGCCGAACCCACAUAAUGCUUGGAUGGUGUCGAGGUCUUACCGAACAUGCUAACAGAGUUAAAAGGGCAUCCUUCGAAAUUAGCCAGGCGCCAAGCUCAUUUUGUGACUGGGGAUUGUCAGGAGGGGAGAGCGCUUCGAGAAGCCAUGUCACCGUGUAUGGCUGCGGAGACUCGAUAAUAAAAUUGCCGCUGCUGGCACUGAGAUCGAGGGAGAGGAAAUGCCUCGCCACCCAACUCCAGAGAAAACAAAGUAGGAAGGAACAUUGUCGGCUCUGCCAGGGCUAUCAAGAUAAUCUCUGGCCUGUCUGCUUAUUCCAUUCUAGAUCUUCUGUUUCUUCUUUCUCCUCAGUUCCCAGCACAGAUACUGGGCCAGCUGCCCCUGAAUGCCAGCCAUGGGAGAAAGCCCAAGAGGCAAAAUGUGUGUGUAAGAUGCCGUAUGAAUGUGGGUGAGUUGCCAUAGGUAUCUCAUUUCUGUUAGAAAGCUAAACCCUCCAAGGGCAUGAGCCCAUGACAGAUUAGAAAGCUUUGGAGAAAUAAAGCGAGCUUUGCUAGCAAUAAAAUACCGUUUUCUUAGCCCUGUCCCACUUUAGUCCUUUUCAUCUUUUUACCUGCCUUGAUGGAGCUGUCGUUUGGUAUUAGUAGAGAGAUAGCUUGGCUAAAAGAACAGAAAGGGGAAAGAGGGCUUUGGUUGUGUAAAACAGGGAGAGAAAAGGAGACAAAAACAUAUAUUCUGGAGAUUUGGAAGUGUGGCAGCGAGUUACCUUAGAUCCUGCAGGGACCUUUUUCUAACAAAGGCAAGUGAGCAUGGGAAAUAAAAAUGGAUGGUUUUUAUUUGGGGGAUGCUAGUCAGAUAAGUAGUAAAUAAUUUGAUUCCCUUUUUCCACUGAAGCUCUGGAGAAUUUGUUCUGUGAUACUGGCAAUCUCUGUCAAGUAAUGUAUGCCCAGCCUGACAUUCUUCUUUUAAGUUUAUUCCUAAGGGCCCCUCCAGACUGCUGGGUGUAUUUUUUGUGUGGGUAUAUUCUGCAACAUGUCAUUGAUGGGUUUAUACUGAACUGUCCACACAUCAUUAUUUUGCUGUGUGGACUGUAGAGAAUUUUGGUUGAUGGGAGGCAUCUGGCUUUGUGGGUCACAAAUUGUGCAGGCUGUCCCCGUAAAGCAGGGAUAGGUAACCUGUCACCUUUCAGUUUUUGUUGGACUACAACUCCCAUCAUGCUGGUUGGAGCAGACUUAGCACAGGGCCUUUCCAGUGGUGGUCCCCCAAUUGUGAAAUGCCCUCCUUAUCAACUUUCAGGAGGGAUUUGAAAACAUCCGUGUUUACUCAGGCAUUUGGUGACUGAAGAAUACUGUUCCUGCCAACCCUGGGAUCAUUGUUUUUAACCACAACUGCUUUUAGGGUGUUUUAACUUGUAGGUUUUUAAUUCUUUUCGGAAUAUUUUAACUGUUUUGAAAUGUUUUUGCUUUGUUGGUUUUUAGAAUGUGUUCUGUUUACGAGGUAUAAAUUCAAAAAAAUAAAAAAAUCCCUCACCAUUUGCUACUCUUGUUGGGGCUGAUGGGAGUUGGUGUCAAACAACAUCUUGGAAGGCUGCAGAUUCCUGCUGUAAAUUUCAGUCCCCUGUCAAUAGUGUGAUUUCUUGCUUUUCCUCCCAGCUCUUCCCUGGACAUCUGUGCUACAGACCAAAGAACCAAGAGAAGCACAUGGCUAACCAUCUGCAAGCUACAUGCAUUGGAGUGCAUGGGCAGGCAAUAUGCUUUGGUCAGCAAGGAAACCUGCAGGACUCCUGCUGCAUCCACAAGACCUUGUGGCUCAUGCCAGCUGUGGGAGACAUGCCAUGGUAAGAGGUUUCCCCAACAUCCUUCUGCACCCAAAUUCCUGACCAGAUAAUUCAAUUUGUGGGUGCACUUGCUUCCCACCCCACCCUGGUACUUCUAAAUGUGAUUUACUGGGAAUAGCAGGAACAAGCUUGGAUUGAAUAAAAAAAAAUGUGGUUGACCCUCUAGAUUUAGUGCAGAGUUAUCUUAGGGUUGGGACGCAGGUGGCAUUGUGGGUUAAAUCACAGAGCCUAGGGCUUGCCAAUCAAGGUCGGCGGUUCGAAUCCCCGCGACGGGGUGAGCUCCCGUUGCUCGGUCCCUCUCCUGCCAACCUAGCAGUUCGAAAGCACGUCAAAGUGCAAGUAGAUAAAUAGGUACCACUCUGGUGGGAAGGUAAACAGCGUUUCUGUACACUGCUCUGGUUUGCCAGAAGCAGCUUAGUCAUGCUGGCCACAUGACCCAGAAGCUGUACGCCAGCUCCCUCGGCCAGUAAAGCGAGAUGAGUACUGCAACCCCAGAGUUGUCCAUGACUGGACCUAAUGGUCAGGGGUUCCUUUACCUUUACUAUCUUAAGGUUACCCUCCCCAGAGUUAGCUGGGACAUUUCCUCUGUUUCUGGCAGAGAGCUUCAGAACUAUGGAGAAGGAGAAUUAUGAUUUGUUACCAGAGAUGAGAGCAAAGGUUAGCUAUAGGAUGAAGUGUACAAAGGUGGUCUUCAAACUUACUUUUCUCAUUGAUUUGCUUGCUGAGGAAUACCAGUACACCCGCACUGCAGGGUUCUAGGGAACAUUCUUUGAACCAAACUACAAAUUAUGUUCACUUUAUAGAAGCGGGUGUUUUUCAUUUAAAACCCAGUUGCCUGAUUGGACCCUAGUAUGUACAGGUAAGGGAGUUGUUGUUGUUGUUGUUUUAUUUCUAUACUGCUCUAUACCCGAAGGUCUCAGGGUGGUUGACAUGAAGGAUCACAUACAUAAAAUCAAAAUACAAACAGCAACCCAAUAAAAAAAAACCCUUAAAAGAGCCAGCAUUUUAAAAAGAGUAUAGGAUGUAGAUCAGGUUGGCAAAGGCCUGGUUAAAAAGGAACAUUUUUGCCUGGUGCCUAAAGGUGUAUAGUGAAGGCACCAGGCGAUCUUCCCUGGGGAGAGCAUUCCACAGACUGGGAGCCACUGCAGAGAAGGCCCAUUCUCGUAUUGCAGGCUCAGCAUAGAAGGGGAGGGUGUUAAAGAAUUAUUUAUUUUAAAAUAUUUCCAGGAUGCUUUGAUGAGUAAAACUUACCCAAGGCUGAACAACGUACUGAGCAGCAGAAAAAAUACAGCUUACAACAAUUUUAACACAUGAGCUAUUGCUGCAAUCUGCUCCGAUUGUAUAUUUUAUCUUUAUGAACUCUGUUUUUAUUGUGUUAUGUUAUGUAAGCUGGUCUUUGACCGUAAUAAAUUAUCUGUCCAUCUCAGCUUACAACAGUAAUAAGAUAGAAUAUGACACAAAACACCCACUGCACCCAUGUAAUUCAUUGAUGGCUCCUUGUACCCCACAUGAAUUUCACUCUAGAUUGCUCCCUCUCUUACACACAUACACUGGCAAUUUGUGCAAAACCAAAACUUAACUGCAACCCUGCACUUCAAAGCAGGGGUGGCUCUGGGCUAGAUCUGUCCUGGCAAGCUGCAGGAAGUGGCCUGCCAGGUUUGUUUGCUGAUCAUUUCAGGAGAUAAUGCACUCUGCCUGAUAUUUGCUGAGUGAUCUUUAAAUCAGCACCUGGGGCGGUGCAAAGUUACUGAGCUUUUUUUUUAGGAAAUCAAAGUUGCUGUGCCGCAUUGGAGAUUCCCAUGCCGCCCUACCGACCCCUGUGGUGCCCAACGCCAUGCCCCCCCCUCCGUGCAGAACUUAGGAGUGGGCUGUGUGACUAUGCCAGAUUCUAGAGCACUUGGACGUCAACUGACUAAUAUGGCUGAUCACACAGGUGGCAACUCCACCAUUUAACUGGCUUAUUUACUGAAAGGUUUGCUGUCUUUUGAGAGAGGAAAGAGGGAGAGGUUGGGUGGGGAAACUGCGAGAAAAGCUGAGAGAAGAAAGAGACUGAAAGAGGAAAACAGAGAAAGUUGGACAUACAGUAUAUGGUUAAAGAUUUGGAGUUCCAUGAUUGAGAUGACCAGAAGACCCCUCUGCUGCAAGUUGAAGCUUAGAGUGGUUUUGAAGAAGUUGAAGAUGACUGUGUUAGAGUAUGGCAGUGCAUUUUGUUUGGUAGGUCUUUAGCUGUCUCAAGCCAGCAGUAACACAACACUUAUUUCAUAUUGUCUUAAAGCAAGCAGAUGGACUGUACAGAGCCAGACUUUGUCAGCCAACCUGAAAUACUCAAAGGUCUUGACUUAUCUUGUAUCAAUAAAGUGGGAGAGAGGCAUCUAGCUGAGAUAAGGAGAGGUGCAGUGUUUAAACAUCAGGCCCCCCUCCUCCUUGCAGAAGCAGCUGUCUCCAAGAGACUCUGGGAGAUGGUUGAGUCCCGCUGAGGCUGUAUAUCAUCUGCCUGAGCGGCUGAGCUUCCCCAAACCAGCCCCAAACCUUGCUGGGGAGGAUAAAAGGAACGCCUGCGAAGUUGGCUUCUUUUGGUCUUCCUGUAGCUGCUUGUUAAUCCAGGUCGUUCGGUGAAUUACUGUCUCAUUCACUAUUGUUUAAUUUUUCUCAUUUGUGGCGGUUGUUUAGAUCCAACCAACCAGUGCAUGUGCAAAGAAGCUGGACAAUGCGGUGACACAGGAAUAAGCAUUUGCGUUGAAGUGGAAGGAAGGGUCGCGCAGCAGACCAUGACUGAAUGCGAGGCUGGCAUCCUCAAGUGUCAGGGGGAGAACAUCACUGUUGUUAGCAUAAGACCAUGCGAUGUACAAAAUCCCUAGUCUAUGUUUGCUUAUUGCACUAGGAUAACCACUCGGCUUUCCAGUGUGUUAUACACUGUAUUACAUUACUGCUGCAACCUUUGGCCAAGUCUCUCUGGGGCAUAUAACUCAGUUAUGUAUACUUGUUGGUUUUUGUUGAUUACAUUUGUAUAUUAUUGAGAAUUGUUUUAUUUUGUUUUAUCUACCCUGCUUAGGAAUCAUUUGAUUAAGCAGUUUAUAUGUUCUUCUAAAUAAAAUAAAAAAGUAAAGGGUCAGGAGAAUGGUGGGAUGAGGACUUUGUAGGUGAUAGGGGAAGAGAAGGCUUGUUUAUUUCAAGGACAUAUAGGGGGGAGUGCAUCCCCCCCCGAUGGCUGUCAUAGAGGAGCAGCCCACCCAGUGUCAAACACAGGAUAGAUUUUAUUCAUACUUCAGAUGUGUACUUAAGUAUGGCACUUUACUUUUUCCUGUGGUGGUAAAUGGCAGCUGUUCAUUGGUAUGGGAGAAAGUAAAGAAGGGCAUCUGAGGAAACUAGUGAUGUGCUAUUAAAUUGUUCUCUGCACUUACUGACUCACCCAUGGAAAACCAGGCCUCCCCUCUCUUCUUCUCUGGUCUCCUUUGGGAGGAAGGUUCAGAUAUAAAUUUAAUAAAUGCCCAAGAAUAUCUCCAUAGGCUCACAGUUAGCUCUGCUUCUUGACUAUGCCAGAUUCUAGAGCACUUGGACGUCAACUGACCAAUAUGGCUGAUCACACAGGUGGCAACUCCACCAUUUAACUGGCUUAUUUAUUGGAAGGUUUGCUGUCUUUUAAGAGAGGAAAGAGGGAGAAGUUGGGUGGGGAAACCGAGAAGAAAGAGAGUGAAAGAGGAAAACAAAGAAAGUUGGACAUACAGGAAGUCCAUGACUGAGAUUACUAGAGGACCCUUCUGCUGCAAGUUGAUGCUUAAACUGGGUUUGGAGAAGUUGAAGAUGACUGUGUUAGAGUAUGGUAGUACAUUUUGCUUAGUAGGUCUUUAGCUGUCUCAAGCCAGCAAUAACCCAGAACACUUAUUUCAUAUUGUCUUAAAGCAAGCAGAUGGACUGUACAGAGCCAGACUUUGUCAGCCAUCCUGAAAUACUCAAAGAUCAUGACUUAUCUUGUAUCAAUAAAUAAUGGUUGUUGUGUUUGUUUGUUUUUUUAAAAAAGGCUUUGGUGUG